CAGCUUUUAAAAGGGACUUUUGUUUUGUUUUUGUGGUGUGACGUCAUUCGCCUGCGCUCCUGCAUCUGUUGUGAUUCGGAUGAAGACAGAUCCAUGUCACAAACUUACAAAGAGUGAAAACAUGAAGAUUGAAGAAGUAUUCAGUCUGAAGCAUGAAGAUACUGAGGAACAAAUAAAGAUGGAGUUUAUUAAAGAGGAGAGUGAAAACAUGAAGAUUGAUGAAACAUUCAGAGUCAAACAUGAAAAUACUGAGGAACAAAUAAAGAUGGAGUUUAUUAAAGAGGAGAGUGAAAACAUGAUGACUGAACAAACUUUCAGAGUCAAACAUGAAGAUACCGAGGAACAAAUAAAGAUGGAGUUUAUUAAAGAAGAGAAUGAAGACAUGAAGAUUGAUGAAACAUUCAGAGUCAAACAUGAAGAGACUGAGGAACAAACAGACCUGAUGGCACUGAAAGAGGAGAGUCAAGAAUUGAAUGAAACGGAAGAGAAAGAUCAAAAUGAGAAACAUGAUUUCAAAACAGAAGAAAAAUCAAUUAGUUGCUCACAGAUGUCCUCACCAGAAAAAGCUCAAAAAACACAAAACCCAAACCUUAGACCUUUCACCUGCCAACAGUGUGGAGAAAUUUUCAUUAACAAAGAAAGCCUUGAAGUCCACAUGAAAAUUCACAUGGAAAAGAAGCCAUUAAUAUGCCCUCAGUGUGGAAAAUGUUUUGCACGGAAAAAUCACCUUAAUGACCACGUGAGAACUCACACUGGAGAGAGACCUUACAUCUGCGAACAGUGUGGAAAGAGUUUCACAAGUAAAGGAAACCUUAAUUCCCACAUGAGAAUUCACACUGGAGAAAGACCAUUUACCUGCCAACAGUGUGGAAAAACGUUCAGUCGAAAAGAAAGCCUUGAAGUCCACAUGAAAAUUCACAUUGAUAAGAAGCCGUUAAUAUGUCCUCAGUGUGGAAAGUGUUGUACAUGGAAAAGUCAACUUGAUUCCCACAUGAGAAUUCACACCGGAGAGAAACCUUUCACCUGCGAACAGUGUGGAAAGUGUUUUACACAAAAAACACAACUUAAUGCCCACAUGAAAAUUCACACUGGAGAGAAACCUUUCCCCUGCAAACUGUGUGGGAAGAGUUUCACGCAUAAAGUCAAUCUGAAGACUCACAUGCGAACCCACACUGGAGAGAGACCUUUCGUCUGCCAACAGUGUGGAAAGAGCUACAGACAUAAUGUAAACCUUAAUAAUCACAUGAAGUUUCACUCAAGACAAAUCUUUAACUGUUAUCAGUGCGAAAGAAGUUUCACAGACAUGAAUGAACUCAAGAAUCAUGUAAUAGUUCACACCAGAGAAGACUCCUUCAUGUGCCAUCACUGUGGAAAGAGUUUCUCAAGAAAAGAUAUCCUCAAUAUUCACGUGAGAGUUCACACUGGAGAGAAACCUUUCCCCUGCCAACAGUGUGGAAAGAGCUUCACUGCUAGAGGAAACCUUGCAACUCACAUGAGAGUUCACACUGGAGAGAAGCCGUACAAGUGUCCUCAGUGUGAGAAGAGUUUCACAUAUAAAAACAGCAUGAAACUGCAUUUGCAAACUCAUUCUGGGAAGAAAUCAUUAUUCUCCACAGAGUGACAAGGUUUAGAAAAAGGAGUGAUUUCUACAGACAUCUGCACAUUCUUUCUGGAAGACAAUUCAAUUGUGAAAAGUAUUUCAUAACAUUAUGACAUGAAUGUUAAAAUAUUGAGGUUGAAGUCAUAGCAAAGCCAGUGUAUUGAAAAAAGCAUGAAGAAAUGAUAAUGUGAAAGCUCAACCAACUACACUGCAAAAAAAUUAAUAUCUGUGGCGUCCAUCCUUUCAUUUUUCACAUGUAUUGAAAACCGCAAUAAAGUGUUCUACAGGUUUA